AUGAAGGGGUUAUUUUCUUUCAUCGCGAAGAACCGGCCAAAGACCUUCACCGUCAGCUACUCGCCCGACUACAAGAACUUGAUCCUCAACCACGUCGCAAGCGACCCAUCGCACCCUCUCCACGAAACCCAGCUUGAGGUUACAUGUUCAGUCACCGUUGCUUCCUGCAAAGUAUGCAGACAUUCGCGCCGAGACGAGGGACAUCAUUGGGGCUUUGAUACAUGCGGUGAGGAGUGGCACUACGAGGAGCAGAAUUGAAGAACAGAAACACCCCUCGUUGAAGCCAAUGCAAAAUCGUCCGCCAUGGAAUCCUCGUGUUGAGGCACAACGGUCACAAGUUCGCAGAAUGGGUCGCUCGCCAAACCCACGCGCAGGGUAACAACUAUCUCUCAAGUCACAUAGAAGCUGUCAAGGUUGGUUCCAACUCAUGGCUGCUCAAAGCCUUGUAUGCAUGAUACAGAUGUUGCGACGGUUCGUGACAAUCAGGUAACAGUUUCAUUAGACGUCUCCGGUCUAAGCAGAAGAGUGUUUACCUUAAUUUGCGCAUUGGCUAUUUUCCCAAAUCACAUCUAGGCUUUUCAUUCUCCGAUUCUCUUGCAGGAUUUACAACUAGAUAAGCCGCGCAUCUAAAGUUCAGUCGCAGCCGAACAAGCGCCAGCUCUUAGCCGUAUCGCAAAACUCGAUGUGCACUCGCCACGCCAGUAUUUGUCCAAUGAACCAUAGCGCAAAGACUACUAUUGUCAGUAGUACACAAAUACAUGCACUGCGAAAAGAGAAUGCCUCAGUCCACCGGUCUUCUUCUCUGUAUUACAUAGGCACCUUAUAAACAAGUGUAGCAUUUUCUUUCC